GGGCAAUCAGCCUGAAAUCUGCAGUCAAUUCCAGCCCACGCUUCGUUUCCGCGGUCAAUUCCCUCUAUGCGAUGCCAUAGUUCUUUUUGGAAUAAUCUGAGGCUAUAUAACGUCUUUCCCACGACCGUCAACACUAACCGAUCGCUCGUAGCCCCGCGCGGGGCCCGAAUCGCUGCCAUGUCUACAGCCCCCUCCACGCGCAAACGAAUGCCUUCAGCACUGACAUUUGAGCUGCAUGCCAAAUGCUCGACAACCAAAGCUCGUGCUAGCACACUCACUCUUCCUCAUGGCGCGGUUCCUCUUCCGAUAUUCAUGCCGGUAGCAACACAGGCCUCACUGAAGGGCUUGACGCCUGACCAGCUAAAACAGACGGGAUGCAUGUUGUGUCUGAACAAUACGUAUCACUUGGGUUUGAAGCCUGGCCAGGCCGUGUUGGAUGAGGUGGGAGGGGCGCAUAAGCUGCAGGGAUGGGAUCGCAAUAUCUUGACAGAUAGUGGAGGGUUCCAGAUGGUUUCAUUACUCAAGCUUGCCAAGGUGACGGAGGAAGGUGUCCGGUUUCUGAGCCCACACGAUGGCACACCGAUGCUUCUUACACCCGAACAUUCGAUAUCGCUGCAGAAUUCCAUCGGAUCAGAUAUCAUCAUGCAGCUGGAUGACGUCAUUGCAACUACCUCGCCGGACCAUGCACGUAUCGAGGAAGCCACGGAACGAUCUGUUCGCUGGCUGGACCGAUGUAUCGACGCGCACAAAUACCCGGAGCGACAGAACCUGUUUUGCAUCAUCCAGGGUGGUCUGGAUCUGGAGCUGCGGAGGAAAUGCUGUGAGGAGAUGGUGGCACGAGAUACACCCGGGAUCGCGAUUGGAGGUUUGUCUGGGGGAGAGGCCAAAGAGCAGUUCUGCCAAGUUGUGGACACAUGUACGGGGCUUCUCCCGGAAGAAAAGCCACGAUACGUGAUGGGCGUGGGAUAUCCGGAGGAUUUGAUCGUGGCAACCGCCCUCGGCGCAGACAUGUUCGACUGCGUGUGGCCUACAAGAACGGCGCGAUUCGGUAAUGCUGUUACGGCCGCUGGCUCGCUGAAUCUACGCCAGGCCUCCUUUGCCGACGACUUCGGACCGAUCGAGGAAGGCUGCACCUGUGCCAGUUGUCGACCAAGGGAGCAAGGUGGACUGGGUAUCACGAGAGCGUACAUCCACCAUGUGACAGCGAAAGAGACCGUCGGAGCACACCUCUUGACUAUUCAUAAUGUGCACUAUCUCCUCACCCUGAUGGGAUCCGCUCGCCAGGCAAUCCUGGAAGACCGCUUCCCUGCCUUUCUACGCAAAUUCUUCAACGAUCUGUACGGCGGGGACAGCUCCAAGUUCCCGACGUGGGCUGUCGGUGCACUCCGGGGGGUGGGCGUUGAUUUACUUUCCAGCUAGUAAAUGUGAUAGGAUAUAAUUACCAAUGAUUACA